CUACCAAUACACGAUCUGUAGGGAGUGACUCAUCUCUCGAUUGUCGGUGAAUCAAGGUUCAUCUAGCCUAGAUAUUCUGAUCAACAAUGAGCAAGAAAACAUAUGGAUACGGUUCCCAUGGUGUAUUUGUUUCCAAGCAUGUUCAAACAAGACAAGCGGGGCAUAGAAGUCCAAUGCGACCCGCGCCAGAGGCACCAUCGCAUCAUAAACCCCAAUUCGAGGACAGUUUGCUCAAACUGAUCAAGGAAAUUCCUGAUGUCGAAAGAGCAUACAUGAAAAGUGGUUUCAAAGACGCAUUAGAACACGUGAACAUGAAACUAUUGGAGGCCAAGAAAUUGAAUGUGCAUUCUCAAGCAGAUAUUGUUCAAAGUAGCGACUGGAAGACCAAAGAGCAUGAGCUUCUCAAAGAAAUUGCACAGCUGAAUGAACAUAUACAGAGGUUACAGAGACAGUCAACUGUAGUGCGGAGUGGCAGGGAAAGUGGAAAAGAUAGUAAAUAUGAGAAAGUGAUGGAUCGGUUAAUGCACGAAAACGACAGUAUGCAAAAACAGCUGCAGUCACUUAAAACUGAAAAGAAAGACCUUCUACAUAGGUUAAGUAAGCUGGCUGGAGCUAAGUUAUCCGACAAUAACCCUGAUAUUACCGACCUCAGUGAUCCUAACCGUCCACAGAAACUGGCACAGAUGUUCAACGAACUGUAUGAUAACCAGUGGACGGAGGCUUUCGAAUCAAUGUCCGGAUCACAUGACAAAGGAAAUAUUCAAGUUCUUUUGGAUAUAUUUAUGGAAAUCUGGAAGUUCUGUAGGGAUCUGGGACAUCACCAUCUUGUAUCAUUAGAGAACCUGAUGCUUCAUCCAUGGUUGACGACGCACACGAUACAAUCAAAACCAAAUGCAGAUCAGUACCAUACAGAGACAAUGAAAAGCCUUAAAGAUAGUCGAAAGUUAGCUUCAAAAGAAACAAGAAAAGGGUUAUUUGAGCAUUUCCGGGAUAAACAUCCUACGUAUCGUACCUUAAAUGAAGGUGUGACCCGAUACGCAGAAAAAUGUGUAGACCUCUGCUGGCUCUGUGCCAUUCAAGACCCACCAAUAGAAUUUACAUAUAAUGUCAAGGGUGGAGAGAAGGUAGAUACUCAGUACUUCAGACUUUACGAUCGAUCAGGAGAAACUGUUGAGUAUCUAGUGUGGCCUGCAAUGCUGCUGCAUCAGGACGGGGCGAUUUUAGUUCGUGGCGUAGUACAAGCGGUCAAAAGAAAAAAGUAGAAAUCUGUUGUCAGUGUCAUGUG